AUCGGCGACAUUUGUGUACACGUAGUCGGCUCGAUCUGCUGGAUAUUUGAGCUGAUGGAAACUAGCUAGCUUGUUGCUGCUUUUGAACAGCUAGACUGUAUUCAAACAACUACAUUAAAACAAGUUUGUAUGGCAGUCGUACUGCACGGUCCGGUCCAUGGAAAGUUAACCCUUGAAUUUGAGGAUUAAAAACGUUUCAAGUGAAUAUAGCCCAAAGUCCUUACUGUGAACAUCAGCACUCUACAGGUGGCGACAGACAAGGUUGCAGGCAAGCUGAGUUCUACACUCUCAUGGGUCAAGAACUCGGUGUCGCACACGGUCAGUCAGAUGGCUAGCCAGGUGGCCGCGCCCACGUCCUUGCAGACCACCUCCUCCUCCACCUCCCUGUCCUCGCCCGCUCUCUCCCCGUCCUCCCCCGCCCAGCUCAGCCCCGACGAGCUGGAGCUGCUCGCCAAGCUUGAGGAGCAGAACAGGUUGCUGGAGACGGACUGCAAGUCCCUGCGGUCGGUGAAUGGCUCCCGGAGGAACAGCGGCUCCUCGCUGGUGUCCAGCUCCUCGGCCUCGUCCAACCUGUCCCACCUGGAGGAGGACACCUGGAUCCUGUGGGGCCGCAUCGUCAACGAGUGGGACGACGUGCGCAAGAAGAAGGAGAAGCAGCUGAAGGAUCUAGUCAGGAAAGGGAUUGGGAUUCCUCACCAUUUCCGGGCGAUAGUUUGGCAGUUGCUGUGCGAUGCCCAGAACAUGCCCAUCAAAGACCAGUACUCGGAGCUGCUGAAGAUGACGUCGCCCUGCGAGAAGCUGAUCCGCAGGGACAUCGCUCGCACCUACCCCGAGCACGACUUCUUCAAGGAGAAGGACUGUUCAGGACAGGAGGUUCUCUUCAACGUCAUGAAGGCCUAUUCCCUGGUGGACAGAGAGGUCGGUUACUGCCAAGGAAGUGCUUUCAUCGUCGGACUGCUGCUCAUGCAGAUGCCAGAGGAGGAGGCGUUCUGUGUGUUUGUGAAACUGAUGCAGGACUACAGACUGAGGGAGCUUUUCAAGCCCACCAUGGCUGAGCUGGGCCUCUGCAUGUUCCAGUUUGAAUGUAUGAUCCAGGAGCACCUGCCCGAGCUCCACCUUCACUUCCAAGCCCAGAGCUUCCACACCUCCAUGUACGCCUCCUCCUGGUUCCUCACCAUCUUCCUCACCUCCUUCCCCCUGCCCGUCGCCACCAGGAUAUUCGACAUCUUCAUGUGUGAGGGUUUGGAGAUCGUGUUUCGCGUGGGCCUGGCGAUCCUGCAGAUGAACCAGACAGAACUCAUCCAGCUGGACAUGGAGGGAAUGUUACAGCACUUUCAGAAGAUCAUCCCACACCAGCUGGACAGCGGACCAGACAAGGUCAUACAGGCUGCCUAUCAAGUCAAGUACAACGCCAAGAAGAUGAAGAAGCUAGAAAAAGAAUACACUACAAUCAAAACCAAGGAGAUGGAGGAGCAAGUGGAGAUUAAGAGGCUGCGCACUGAGAACCGUCUGCUGAAACAGAGGAUCGACACGCUGGAGAAAGAAAGUGCUUCCUUGGCAGAUAGAUUGAUCCAGGGACAAGUGACGCGAGCCCAGGAGGCCGAGGAGAGCUACCUGGUGAAGCGGGAGCUGGCCACGGUCAGGCAGCAGGGGGAGGACACCAGCGCUCAGCUGGAGCAGGCCCUGGGCGUCAUCAGUCAGCUCCAGCAGCCCCAACGCCACCCAGCGAAGGGAAGCCCCCGCUACAGCGAGGAGUUCACCCUGCAGCUGGAGAGGGAGCUGGUCCAGGCCCGGCUAAAGGAGGCCGAGUCCCAGUGCGCCCUCAAGGAGAUGCAGGACAAGAUCCUGGACAUCGAGAAGAGGAACACGUCUCUGCCAGACGAGUACAACGUGGUGAGACUGCAGGAGGAGCUGAUGGGGGUGAAGCUGCGGGAGGCGGAGGCCGUGACGGGCCUGAAGGAGCUGAGACAACAGGUCAGAGAUCUGGAGGAGCACUGGCAGCGUCACCUGGCGCGCACGGCCGGCCGCUGGAAGGACAGCCCCCGGAAGAACGCGGUGAGCGAGCUUCAGGACGAGCUGAUGAGCGCCAGGCUGCGGGAGGCCGAGGCCCUGGCAGAGCUCCGAGAGGGCCGACAGAGGAUGCUGGAGAUGGAGACACAGAACCAGAUCCAUGGCAACCAACUUCGCCGGGCGGAGCAGGAGGGCAGAGUUUUUCAGGAGCGCAUGGAGUCGCUGACCAGCCAGAACAAGGGUCUGCUCCUGCAGCUGCAGGAGUUCAAACGCAAACAGGCCGAGAUCGAGUGCAAGAGCAAGGAGGAGGUGAUGGCAGUGAGGCUGAGAGAGGCGGACAACAUUGCCGCGAUGGCCGAACUCCAGCAACAGGUCUCAGAGUUGGAGAUACAGAAGGAAGAAGGGAAGGUCCAGGGGCAGCUCAACAACACAGAUUCAAGCCAGUACAUCCGCGACCUGAAGGACCAGAUAUCGGAGCUGAAAGACGAGAUCCGCUGUCUAAAAGGCCAGAGGGGCGUGGUCAAGACGCCCACUUUUGACGGGAUCCACAUCGUCAACCACUACGUGGUGGAUGACGAGUCGUACCAGUCCUCCGACGAAGACGGAGUCCGGGGCCCCGCUCACCUGGGCCCCGCCCACCUGGGCCCCCAGACCACCAGCAGUAGCAGUCGCCUCAGACUGCACCCCGACCUGGGGGACUCUGACAGUGAGGACGAGGAGGACGAGGGCCUGCGUCUGUCCGUGCCCUCCAACGGCAACCACAAGACCACCACGGUGUGACCGGGCCCGGGGGGGGCGGGGCCCCGCAGGACUCGUCACUCGCGGGGGGGAAGCAGGAUUGGUUGGCUGCUCUGGGAGAACGCACGGGCUAGGACUCGACAGCGGAGAAUGCUCCAAAUCGAUCGUGUCACACUUUUAGGAAUCAUGUUAGAAUCACACCUGUGGAGUUUUCCCUCUGUUUGUAUUUGUCUGAGUUAACCGUUUUUUGUUGUUGUUUUUUUUGUUUUUGUGUCCUUUUUUUGUAAUUUAUGCCAAAACCUUUCAGCUGAAUAUAUCAAUGCAGUGCUCUGGGCAUUGACAGUAUAAGAGAGGAGCACCAACCAGGUUUGAGAUUUCUAAGCACCCCAGACCCAUCUUGGUGGGCUGAGCCUAUCCCAGCUAAGCAACCAGCAGGCCACGCCCCUCCCUCAGCCCCACAACUAGGUACAACACAGAGACUAUCUAAUGGAACGUUACGUGGAUUACAAUUACACACUUCAUUCAAUUUUUUAUUUUAUUUUUUUGUCAAUGUAACGUUUUAGGUAAACACCAAUAAUAAAUGUCUCCUUUUCUAAGUGACCUAUUAAGGCGGAACAUGAGAGAGAGAGAUGUUUGUCACUAAUGUAGUACUAAUGAAUCUGUCAGAGAGCCCAGCAUCAAAGCAAGACCCUAUCAACCAACGCAGAGUUGGAGAGAGUUGCCUGUUGGCCUGAGUGUGUCCCACAGGAGGUCAGGUUGAAUCUUGCAUCUGUGUACAUAUGUAAAUGUGCUUGUAUUGUCUUUUUCCCUCCCCCAAUUCCAUUUUAACUUGAAAAUAUGUAUCUAAUGAUGAAUUCUUGCAUAUCUGAUGUUUAUAAUGUAUUGUACGAUUCAGACGAAAGGGACUUUAUUUCUGUAGUUGGAGGUCUUGUUAAUGAGGCCAUCGGGGGCUGGUUCGCAUUUUUUCCACAAACAUUGUGUCUUUGUACAGCACGUUUUUUCAGAUCGCAUUCAUGUAUGUAGCAGGCAGGACGAGUCCUGACUGAGGAAUAACGGAUCACUUAACUUUAUUGGAAUAUCUUGGCAUGCUGUGUUAUGGGAGCAUGAUACUAGUUAAAGUGAAUCAUCUACACAUCAAGAGGAGAAAAGUAAUGCUGCUUAUGUCAAGUGGGCAUCCAGAUCAUCUGGGGAACAUUCGACUUAGACAACGUUGUGCAAAAGUGUAUUGUACACGCCUUCUGACUGUAUCACGGUCCCGGGGGAACAUUCAUACCGGUAGAGGAGUGUUUUACAGCAGACAGUUGUCUGAAAAUACAGAGAGUUAAGGUUCACUAUGGAGAGAUGAAGCAUUGUCUAAUGUUACUAAAGUCCAUGUCUUUUUCAUAGGCCCUGUUGUUAAGUUAGCUCCAUCACUGUCACACAAAAUGACAGUUAUCUAUAAUAAGGCCAUCAGACUCUCUAAAUUAUUACAACACUAAACAAGUGCCCCCGUUUCCAGUUAAGACUAGCUGUGAUUGAAUCCAAACCACAACCUAUCAGACUGGUCUUGGGAUAGUCAGAUAUGCUGUAGGUUCAGCUACCAGAAUGCACUGCUAACUUCUUUUUUUGAGUGUGCUAAUGCGAUCACCGAUGGAAUAAGUUGCUUGGAAGAGGCAUGCGUUUUCAGGCACUUUCAGACAGUGUGGAAUGCAGUACGGACAGAUCAGCGUGUGGCUGCCCUUAACACUAUGGAAUGAUUAUCACACUGAAAACGUGUGACAUUGUUGUGUGUGAUGAGUUCACAAAUAAACUAUUUGAUAAAUUA